AUGCCAGUCUUGUCAAAAUUUGAGAACUUGAUACAUGCACCGGCGGUUGAGCUGCGUAACAUCAAGACCCCUUACCCGUUUCAUUCUUGGGCAUUUGAUUUGGUAGGUCCUAUAACGCAGCAAUCCAAAAGCCACAGAUGGAUACUUGUAGGAACUGAAGUUAGCACCAAGUGGGUAGAGGCCAUACCAAUGAGGAAAGAAGACAGAAUAGGAGUGGCCAACUUCAUCAAGGAAAACAUCAUCUAUAGGUUUGGCAUACCCAAAGUGAUGUUGUCCGAUAAUGGAAGUCCCUUCGUAAAUCGCCGUGUGGGAAGAUUGCUGGAUACCUACCAAAUCAAGCACCACAAGUCUACUCCAUACUAUCUUCAAGGGAAUCGACAAAUUGAGGCAACCAACCAAACCUUCAUCUGA